AUGCUAGAAACGGUACAUCUCGCCCACCUUCCUCCCGACCUCCCAGUAUACAUAGCCCUUUUCUACGGCGUCCAGAACAUCCCAUUCCUCCGCCACCAGCUCCUGGCCAGCAACAGCGACUUCGAAUAUGCAUUUAUUGAUGCCAGCUUGAUACUAUCACGGACCCAUGUCCUGGCCGCCUGUUUCCGCGCUCUGAAUGAUUAUCUAUGCGGGCGGCUGAAGUCACGAAACGUGCAUUCAGAGAUCGUGUUUGCGCUGAGCCCCAACAAUACUCGUCUAUUUGUGUAUCCGAUUAAUCCAUGGGUGGGAGGACAGAUCCUCGAAGCCUUCCGCACAUUCGGCAUGCAAGGGACCACGACCAACCUCCUAGUCAUCAAAGUCCCCGUCCCAGUAUCCAACACCAAACCCGCGACCAUCCCCCAACCAGCACCAUCAGCGGCACCGGAACAACCACCAAGCAAGGAAGCCAUCGAAACCCAUCUCCUCUCAUCCAUCCAAGGCACCCCAAUACUCUUCAACGACGAAACACUGCGCAUCCUCUGUGACACGAUCAAGGUGCGGAAGACGUACAAGAUCCCCUUCCCACCUGCUCCUCCGCGGAAGAAAGCCCCUCCGCGGAAGAGAGGAAAACCAAACGCGCACGCAGAAUUGAAUGACAACGACCCGGCACAGAGAAGCAGACUCGAGCGAUCCAUCCUAGGCGCCAUGGCAUUGAGAGGCGCGACAUAA